AAGCGGGUGAAUCAGCCUGUGGUUAAUAAAUUGCUCGACAUUGCUCUACAAGCGUCCCGCGGUUAGGAAUCGAGAAGAUGCAUCUUAGCUCGGACGAUCUAUAUUUUGUAGGAAUCGCAAAGUGCAUUUAAACGAAGACGUUCGCAUUCUUGAUCGUCGUUAACCGAACCCCCUAUGUUCGUGCGACUAUUCCGAUCGCUAUUAUCUUUCCAUCGGUCUUUCUAUAAUCCCCUUCGUUUCGCUAUUCAAUUCUGAUUAAAUUAUAGCAGUCAGAAUAAAAAUAGUAAUUUUGCUAAAAAUUAAGAUGAUCAUUUUUAUUAUCAUCUUAAUAAAAAAGAUAUGAUAAUUUUUGUCCAAUGCAAUGUUAAAUUUCAUUCAAUUCUUUCCCUUCUUACAAGCAUGCGCGCUUUUAUUCAAACUUUACAAACGAGUUGACAAAGCUUGCAAAUUUUUUUUUUUCUCGUCGUAACCGAAGCUAACGAAGUGUACCGUUUAUUCCUGAUAAAUACACAAAAUAUUUUCAGUCUGUCGUACGACGUAUCCUGGAGCAUGCGUCUCGGCGCCUCGACGACCCGACGCGCGACGUUCCGGCGACCAGUGGUCGUGUCUACGGAACUCAUCGCGAAACUCCAGUCUGCGUCGCGACGCGCUUCAAUCCACCUUACGUUUGUGUUCUUGUUGCUUGUUUGUUCGUUCGUCCGUUCGACUAACAAAAAUUGACGCGACGUCAACAAUUUUCAUGAACGCGGUCCUUUUUCUAUUCGAUUCGUGGUAAUAUUUAUUUUUUUUUUUUCGCGGCAUACAAGUCAAAACGUGCAUGCAUAUGUGUUUACAAAGGUACGUAGCCGCAAAGGUGGAACGCGAUUUAUCGAAAUGCAGUUGAUCCGAGUUGUGUAAAGCAGCGUUGAUUUGGAAUUUUUCAACAGGUCGAAAAGAAUUUACUCGGCGGGAGAUAAGAUUUAAAAGUGUACAACUAAGCGAUGCUGUUCGGUGUCGUCUAGUAAACACAAUUUAAUAGUAAAGUUAAAAGGUUUCUUCGUUACUUUAUGCGAUUUUUUGAACAAAAAGUGGAUAUCAAGAGCAGCCUGGACACCUGAGCUACCUCCGAUAAAAAGAGUAUUCACUGAGUUACGAAUAUGGGAUAUAACCGCGAGAUUAAAGUUUCGUAUAACGCAUCGAACGAUGCCUGUGAAGCUGGAUGCGUUCAGCUGAAUUCUACUCGUUUAUCGGAUUUACUUGCCACGAUUCGAUGCUCGAUUUUAAACAUCGGUAAUUCUCUUAUACGUAACCAUAUGUGCAGCAUCGAAUGAAAUAUCUGCGUCGAUGCUGUUUCACGAUUCACGAUUUACAGCCAAAUGAAACAACGAUUUUGGAUAUUUCCAAAUUCUUUGUUUUAAUCUGAUUACCAGAUUAUUAAUCAUUUAAAGAAAUUUACGACCUCUUCAUGAUUAAUUAAAUUUGAUAUAGUAGAAGGUUGGGAAAAUAAGAAAGUUGAAGACUAUCAUAAAUAACCGUAAACAGCGAGGAACGAAAGGACUUUGCUGACGCUAUAGUGUUGUGGGUGAUGAGCUUAACGACGUGAAAACUUUCCAAACAAGUUUCACCAUCUCGAAGCAUUGACAGGUUUUGAUGUAAUUGAAAGAACACGCCGCGGCGUCGCGUUGUCUACGUCUUCUGUUUGUUCGAUUCGAGAAAAAGUUUGUGAGAUCGAAUCGCGUUACUUAAUAUAUCAUCGAUGUCGUUCUGUUCUAUUCGAUGAGAAGACGCGGUCGCGUUAUCAUCGGAGUUUUUCGAAUCCAUUUGAAAUCCAGCCACGAAUCCAGCGCAUUCGAGAAAAAACAGUCCGGAUUUCCGUCGAACUUAAAUUAAAAAUGUUGCCAGCGCGACGUGCCGCGAAUAAUCGAAUCGAAUCGCGUCGCGUCAGAUCAUCCGUUUGCUAUCGAUGAACACGCGAUAUCUGGAUCAACAACCGCAUAGCAGAAUAAAGAGCGCAGAUUCUACGGAAGUCGAUGUGCGAUCAAAUUUGUUAAAUUAUUGCCUAGAAGAGGAAAAGAGGAAGGUUCGUUUCGCAAGGGUUGGGUGGAUCGGAGUCCAUAGUCGGGUAGAUAGGUGGUUCGAAAGUCGGCCCGGAAUCGUAUCUUUUCCACGUGAUUGGAUCUCGAAGCGUUAAAGCGUUAAAACGUUUAAAACGAUUCCCACGAUCGUGGCAGAUUUCGGCUCGAACGUCGCUUCGAGCCGGGAAAAUGGAAACCGUCUAGGGGAAACUCUGUUAAUUUUCUUCCAGACAGUUCCAGCUGGAAGAAAAUUCCCGUCUACGUGCUAAUUCCAAACGGUCGUUUCGUAAGAUCAGAUUCGGAUCUCGGAUAAGCUCGAAAAUACGGACGCUUCUUUUCCGCGUACCGAAUUCUUUUGCCGGUUAUCCAGAAGAAUAUUCUUCCACGGAGAAUCCUGAAACGAUUAUUAAAGGAAGUGCAAAAGAUAGUUGUAAUCUGUAAAUGGAUUCGAAUUAAUUCGGAAUCGCGUCCAUAGAAUCGUGAAUAUUUACAGGCCUGAAGUCUGAAUCGAUUCGAUUUUUUCUUUUUUUCUUUUCUACAACCAAGAGAAUCUCGAAUAAUAUCGAGCUUUGAGAUCGAGUCGCGUUAAGCGUCGUGAAGGAUUUGAAAAGCGGCUCUGGAAAGUGUCGCUAGACGCGGAACUUUUCCCUCGGUAGCCGUGUUUCAUUAACUAUGAUCUUAAAAGUAAUUCCCAUGGCUGCUCUGUUCGCUAACGGAUCUCCUUUUUCUUUUCUUUGCCCGUUCAAACACUUUCACCAGGUGUUCAGUACAUUCGGAACUACCAUUAAAUACUGUACGGGAAACGGAUUUCAAAAUAAACCUAUAUAAUAAAUAAUGUAUUACAUAGCUUUCGAGUAAACGAUGCCUUUCGACUCGUUUCGAUUCGCGCGCACCGCGCUAAUCCCUGACAAAUCUUUCCAAUUUUCUUUCGAAUUUACGACCCACCCUUCUUCUCCUUCCAUUUUAUCCCUGGUUCUUCGGAUUAACCCUUAUGCGAACUUAUGGUAGUUUCGCGAGAGCAACCAGCGUAAACAACCAGUGCAUUUAUUUUCGAAUAAACCUGAUCCUGAUUUCGUUGGAUACACAAGCGUUUCGCGAACAUUUCAACAUUUCACGCGGCAUUAACUUUUCAAGUACAUAUUCCUGUGUGACCAGUGAUUCGUUGAAUGUCCAGUGUGUCGCGUGUCCUACAUACCAAAGUGUACGCUUUCCGAAACGAUAGAUUCGUUUAAAGUUAUUCGCUUAAAGCGCAGCUAUAAACGUCGAAAACGGUGCUUCUUAUUCGAACCAAAAGUCGAAAGUAAACGUAGCAACGCGUAGAAAGCUCAUAUAUAGAAAAGACAAAAAUUCGUUGCUUCCGUUUCAACGGGGACGAUAUAAAGUAUAAAGCGUUCGCUUUAUUUCUUCUCGGAUAUGUUCUCGGGAAGGUAGCAGUCAUUUCUUUCGAUUUCGAAUCUCGCGAAACUUCUCCGAAGCAGCUCGAUGACUCGUUCGAACGUGGCAAAGAGCUAUGCAAUUUACAGAGCGAUAAAAAUGAGAGGAUCCUUGGAUGGUGUCGGUGUAUCGAGCGCGGUGAACCGCAACAUCGUACCUCGAAGAAAUUUUUCAUCGUUCACGAAACGUCCAAGAAACAAUCACGCCCCCGCUUCUCGACAACUUCUUCCGAAAAUUUCCAUUUUUUUUCCAUUCUCGCGUCGAUAUUAAAUCGCAGCUGUCGACUAAACGCGGAAACGGUAUUUGAAAUUCGCGAGAAAACUCGUAGAAAUCGCACACGUGGCUACAGAAAGCGGAAACUUUGCUUGACAAGUUUUCUGGCUUCGAGCCUCGUCUCGAUGCGUUCGAGCUCGCGGCUACCUAAUUCUUCAUCGAAAAUCAUCGAAACAGCCCUGCUACUUUUUUUCUUUCUUCUUUCUUUUAUCCUCUUUUGAUUUCGAAAUUCCGACGAGGGAGACUCUUUGUUCGACUAAGAUGUCCCGAACGAGUCCAAAGCCAAACACCCCUCGUCCAGACAAGGAAGAGCUCUUUACCGUUCCAUUUACGAUCCUCCAGAGCCCUACCGACCGCUCACCAUCUUUCCAAAGUAGAUAAAUGUCCGAGUAUCGCGAGGAUACGAUGUCACGACUCAUCGUCUCCGAUUCAUACGGAAAAUUAUUCCCCUUUCGCACUGAUUUCGCUACCAGUUUUAUUCUUUCGUCGCGCAUAAUAUCGCUAUUAUCGCCAGCUUACCGCCUUUCCUCCCUUCGUUUCACCUUUCUUUCUCGUAUAAAAUUAUGCAGGCAACGCUAAAUCGAGCGAUCAAGCCGUAUAUCGGAAGAAUGUAAAAAAGACUGGCAUUUGGAAUUUGUCAGAUUAUUAAAGAAACAAAAAAUGAACCUCCCAAGGGAAGCAGGAUAAAUUUUCAGCGACGAAAGCAAGGUUAAUCCAACUGCAAUCUUAAACAUGUUACUAGAGGCGUGCGAGUACUCGAUUUAUUCGAGUACUCGAAUUUUGAGUCUAUAAAUGAGCCGUGUCGAGAGUUUGAAUUUGCCGAGCUACUCGAAAUCGACGAACUGCUUGAAACAAAAGCGAGCUGCUCGAAAAAAUCGAACUACUCGAAUAUUCGAGCUGAAAAUUCAUCUUCAAGUAAAUCGAAGUUUUACGACGUCUCGAAUAUUCAAGUAGUUCAAUUGUUUCGAGUAACUCGCUUUUGUUUCAAACAGUUUGCCGAUUUUGAGUAAUUCGGCAAAAACAAGCGCUCGACUCGGUUCGAACAAUCGAAGCGAGUUCAGCUCGGCUUGUAAAUUACGAGUACUUGCACACCUCUACAUGUUACAUUAAUAAAGAGUAAAAAUAAGUUGAAAGCAGAGAGUUCUCCUCGAAGGAAAAGCGGAUGGAAAAAUGGUAAGUCGGUAUUGGCACCGCCUCAACCUUGUCCGCAACCGCAGCCGCUUCUAAACUGCUUUCUCAUUCUGCCCUCAAGUUGCGUCGUAAUCUACAUCCUCGAACCUGGAUACGUAUUCGUCGCGGUUUUUCUUACGGAAAACUUUGUUAUUACGGCGAAACGUGAAUUAUAUUCACUGUUCCAACCGACAUUCGCCGCCUUUUUCUUCUUCUUUUUAUUCUUUUUCCCCUACAUAUCCCUCUUAGCUUUCUGUUCACGCGAUCAUGUUUUUGCUGCAGCACGGAAAGUCUCGUUCGGUCGACACUCAUCCGUUUUCGAUUCAAUAUCGAAUCUCGAUAAACUGUAAGAUAAAUUGAGGGAAAUGAGGCAGGAGGAAGCAGCAAGUAAGUCUUACGAACGAAAACACAACGAGGAUAAGAAAGCUGUUUUGUCCGUAGGUAAACGCUCGAGGAUCGACUGGUCAGCUUACAAAAUGGCAGCGUACAAAUUAUCCAGAAGAGCACGUUCAGAUUCCUCGGUGAAAUAGAAACGAGAAACACUUCCCGAACCUAGAAACAUCCCCGAGGACAAGCGGUCGUCACCUGGUCAGGAUUUUUCGGAAGUUCAAACAGCUGGAAUGAACGCGAAACGAGCGUUGCACUUGUUGCAUCGUUUUUCUCGGCUUUUCUUGUAAUCAAGCUCGAUCGUUCCAUCGAAAACAGAUUAAACAUCGCUGCAAGUAUUCGAUGAGAGUGAAGGAGCGAGUGGACCGUUCGAAACGACCGGUAAUUGAUCGUUGACUUUACAUGAUGCAACACGUAACGAACAAUUUCAAUCGUAACUGGAAAAGAUGUAGAUGCGUGAAAGAAAGAAAAUAAUAGAGGGAGAGGGGAGAGGGUGAGGCAAAAGACAAGAUGUUCGACGCAGUGAACGCAACAAAGACAGAAUUGUGCUUUCGGCCGGAAGAUCUGGAGGAUCCUCGAACACCGUCUCUCAAACGAAUCAGCUACGGCAUUAUCCUGCCUGCUAUCUGUUGCUUGGGAAUUGUCGGGAAUAUUUUCAACUUGGUUGUCCUUACCCGACGCAACAUGCGAGGAACCGCUUACAUCUACAUGAGAGGUUACUCAGCAGCAGCGCUUCUCGCGAUUUCUUUCUGCAUCCCUUUUGCGCUGAGGGUUCUUAUUCAUCAGGAAACAGGCCAAUGGAAUAAUUGGCCUCAAGCCUUUUAUCAUGCUCAUCUCGAGCUGUUUCUCGGAAACGGUUGUUUAGGAGUCGGAGUGAUGAUGUUGCUAGCAUUAACGGUGGAACGUUACGUUAGCGUUUGCCGGCCUGGUCAGCACACCCGUCCACUCUGCGGUCCUCCGCAUUUAACCGUCGCUCUCAUCCCCUUGGCAACGUUUAUUAUUUAUCUGCCGAGUGCGUUCCGAGGACAAAUUACGACCUGUCUCCUCGAACCCGGUGGUUACGUUGUUUAUCAGAAGAGGGAGAAUCAAUCGUACCUCGACUCGAUGUUUUAUCAAGUGUACAAAGUGAUGUUGGAGAUGGUUUUCAAAGUGGCGCCAACGAUUCUCCUGGCUGGCUUUAAUCUCCGUAUCAUGGUGGUCUAUAGAAAAUCCUGCGAGCGUCGUAGACGAAUGACGUUAGCCAGAACCGUGAGCAACGACGAAGAUCCAAGAACAUUCGCGGAGGAACGAAGGCUGGUCCUGCUUUUAGGAAGUACCAGCAUCCUGUUCCUCGUUUGCGUCAGUCCUAUGGUAAUUCUCAACGUCACCUUGAGGGAAAGUAAUUUGAAUAAUUACGCUUAUCAGGUGUUCCGUGCCAUAGCGAAUUUGCUCGAGGUAACCAAUUACUCAAUCACCUUCUACAUCUAUUGUUUGUUCUCGGAAGAUUUUCGAAACACCUUGAUUCGUACGUUGCAAUGGCCAUGGGGGAAAAGUAGCGAGGGAGGAAGAGGUCUUCCGAUGAAACGUUCGCCACUUCCCAGAGCAACUAUCACUACUACAACCACCACCACACCACCGACAACCACCGUUGCGACUCCUGGACAUUUGACGCGUGCCAGCGUUUAGCUUUAUGCAAGCAUUUUUUCCCGCCCUAUUCGAAAAGAAAAGUAAUUUGUACAAUUUCCUAGUAAUUUCGUAACAGGUGCGGAAUCCUCUUCGGUCUAAGAGAGUGGCAAGACUGAUUUUAUCUAUGUUUUUUAUACUUUCAAAAAUUACAGUAAAAGUAAUUUGCUCGGCUUGUCAUGGAUCUUGAGCAUCAUGGACUUAUUUGGCGUACGGUCAGUUAGGCUAGUUUACGCCAUAAAUUUGCGUACUUCCUGCGGACACGUUUUAUCGUAACGCGAUAUCGGAGAGAAGGCUAGACGCAAGGUUACGAUAUCUUGGCAAAUAUUGGCGCGUUUUAUGUAUCGAACGAGCGGCCGACAAUAUUUGGCGUAUGGUCCUCGCGAUAUCGGGCAAACGUACCUUCCACGGAAACGUUCUAUUCAACGAGCAUUGUACGUGAUUUUCAGCGUGUUGCUCUUCGACGUUGUAAAUAUACAGGCUGUUGCAUAACACGCGGUACCCCCUUCGCGGAUAAACAAAAGAUCGUGCAUUCGAAUGUUUAGUUCGUUCACCACCUUCGUAAUCUUCAUUUAUCGUUCAAGCGGGUCCAACGCGUUACGAAAUACUCUGUACAUAAAAGGAAACAAUUUCUCAAGAACACUGCCUCCUUACUACCCACAUAAAACGUAUAAAGUACCUAUAAACAAACUGGUAACGGCAGCGCGCAAACUUGCAAUCGUUUUGGUUUCGUAAAAACGAUCGAACGCACGGUGUGCAAGGAAUCACUAGACGAUAAGAGUAAUCAUCGUCAAGAAAACGGAUUUAAUAAAAGGUAUUUGUGAAAUUCUCUCGGAAUAUUGAACGAACCUUUUAAUUUUUCAACAUAGACGGUAUCGAUUCCUACUCCGAUUCGAGUGAUCGUUUCAUUUUUCAUCAGUGCGAAUAUUGCCUUUCCACUUUGCUUUACUAGUCACGAUUUGAUUACGUAGGCUGUAGGUACAUAUUACAACGAAUUUUCUUCAAGUGGUUGAAGGAAAGAAGGAAAGAAGAAAAGGAGCAACGCGAUGCAUCGCAUCCGCUGAAAAUUUUUGGAGAGUAAGGUAGCUAUGGUGAAGGGUAGAGAUGGUUAGC